AUGUCGGCUCCGUGGUGGUCUUGUAGGGCAGCGGAUGAGAGCGACCUGGAUGAGAAAGACGAAACGAAGAGGAAGUCGCGAAACUUGAGCGAAAAGAAAAGGCGCGACCAGUUCAACAUGCUCAUCAACGAGCUCUGCUCCAUGGUGUCCACGAGUUCGAGGAAAAUGGACAAAUCCACUGUGCUUCGUGCCACCAUCGCUUUUCUCAGAGCCCACAACGAUGUAUCUAUACAAAACCAGGAGCAAGAAAGUCAGGAAAACUGGAAGCCUUCGUUUCUGUCAAACGAAGAGUUCACGCACCUAAUGCUCGAGUCACUCGAGGGCUUCUUACUCGUACUCUCACUGAGCGGUCAAAUCCUGUACACUUCGGAGAGCGUGGCGUCCCUACUCGGCUACCUUCCCCACGAGCUGCAUAACAUAUUCAUUUUGGACAUCUUACACGAAAGCGAUCAUGGUACCAUGUGCGAAGUACUCAGUUCUGCAUCUUCGCAAGGAGCCGGCAUAAUUCGCCAAGACGGCACGCAUGGCUUUCCCCUGGGCGGCUUGGAGUACGACUCGAAUAGCUGUAGCAGCGCGUGCUCCCCCAACACGGGCUCGGCCGAGCUGGCGGCGCCCUGCCUGGUGGCCAUGGUGCGGCUGCAGACGCCGCAGCUCAUGCACGAGCUCAUCCUCUGCGACGGCUCGAGGAACGAGUUCAGCUCGAGGCACAGCCUCGAGUGGAAGUUCCUCUUCCUGGACCACAGGGCACCUCCCAUAAUCGGGUACCUGCCGUUCGAGGUUCUCGGAACAUCUGGCUACGACUACUACCACGUCGAGGACCUCGAAAAAGUGGCGGCGGGUCAAGAGGCCCUGAUGCAGACGGGUGAGGGCACGUCCUGCCACUACCGCUUUCUGACCAAGGGCCAGCAGUGGAUCUGGCUGCAGACGCGCUACUACAUCACCUACCACCAGUGGAGCUCCAAGCCUGAAUUCGUUGUGUGCACCCACACCGUUAUGAGCUACGACGAGGACCUGACUCACAGCAAGGCUGCGCCAAGCAGCGGAGUGCCGGCGGCGUCGUACUCUCGGACCUCGGCGCCAACCCGCAUGUCUUACCAGAGCUCGCGGGUGUCCUCCGCUCCCUCGGUGAGCUCCAGGGACAGCCUGUCGCCCAACCUGUCCGAAAAGUCCGGAUGCGCCGGCGGAGUGCUGCGGGAGGAGCACGGCAGCAGUGCCAGAAGCUGCGGCAACCAGCUGUCGCUGCCGUUCACCGAGGCGUGCACCAUAACGCGCGAGUCGCCGACGAUGGGGCGACUCGCUGUCGCUCGCCUCGGAGCCGACCUCUUCGGCAUCGUCGCAGCUGCAGCACGAGCCCAUGGACCAGAGGCCGCCGUACCAGACCACCACGGCGUGCCACGCACCGCUCAUCACGCUCACCACUUUGCAGCCAAUCGCGGCCACUUUCACUGGUUCCGCUCAGGGCGGCAUGGCGGCGGGUGCAGCGGUGCAGGCGAUGCUGAACUCGGCUGUUCACAACGACGAAGCGUCGUGCGCGAAACAGCACGGGCGACAUCUGCUGUCGCAAUUGCGCCGCAUCUGAGCAUGCGCGGCGCCAGUGAUCCUCACCUUAGCAACGGCCGCGACAGGUGCUGCAACCGGGGAACCUCUUCGGCGUGCCUGGAAAACAAUCAGCAGAUCAGCCCAAGGUCCAUGCAAUCGCAACCACCGGGGCAGGUGUCACCGUUGCCUCCACAGCAGCAGCAGCAGCAGCAGCAGCAGCAGCAACAUGCCGGUGGGCAACAGCCGCAGCAGGACCAGUUCCAGGAUUAUCUCCGGCGCAGGCACCAAACAUUGCAGCAACAGAUCAUCAGGCAGCAGGAGGAACUGCGGAGGGUCUCCGAGCAGCUGAUGCUUGUGCACUUCAUCAAUCCCAACCUGGCAGCCACUGUGACGAGUGGCAAUGCUCCCCUUUACACGCUGUCCCUGCCAACGACGACGCUGUCGGUGCCGACGUCAACGAUGGCCGGUCCAGCGACCGCGCUGACGCCGACGCCCUAUUUGCUGGCCACGGGGCCCGCUGGUUGUAUGGGCAACGCCCUGCAGCCGAGGGACCCUAUGCAGCAAACGAAGACCCAGCAGCUGCAGCAGCAGCAGUCGCUACAACAACGGCAACAACAUCAGCAAGAGCAACAACACCGACAGCAACAGCAGGAGCAACAACACCGACAGCAACAGCAAGACAGCCAAAGCUUGGGCUUCUUGGAAACUGUUCCUCCGGCAUCUGUUGCUCCGUGUAUGCACAUGUGA